AUGCCUCCUGGUCCUGCCAUCAUUCUCAAAGGAAAUCCUGCACCAGGAACAACUCUGGAGCUCCUCCCCUUCUCCAACCUGCUCAGGUCUCUGUCUGAUGUGCACCGUUCGGGUCGACCUGACAGUGUGGCAAACCAGGCCUCAAAAGCAGACCUCAUGUGGAAGGUCAAGUACUCCUUGUCGGGAUACGAUUUGAAGUAUCUGGGGGACACGCAACAGGACGCACAUGAGUUACUUGUCGAUAUGCUGUGCCAGCUGAAGGAGGAGGGCAUGAUUCUGAAGACACUCGGGAUGAACUAUACCUGCCCUGUUUCCCAGCUGGAGUUCCAACUUGUGUCGGUGCGCACAUGUACCAGCUGUGGGCGCGAGUCGUCUACCAGAGAGGACUACAACCACCUCUCAUUGGACUUCAGCCCUGAGCGCACCUUGCUGAGCAGCCUGGCACUCACUUUCGAAAGUGAAAAGGUUGAAUUCACAUGUGAGGGCUGUAAAGGCCUCCACGCCUCAAAGGUGGAGCAGUUCCACACACUGCCUCUUGUGCUGGUUCUGCAUCUGAAGAGGUUUGGAGGACCUGGGGGGUUGGAGAAGCUGGAGGCUCCUCUUUUGUUUCCUUCGGAGCUGAGGCUCUUCACCCUCUGUGGGGACAUGGUGCCACACCUGCACAGUGCCAGUCCACAGGCCCUCACCAGCCAGGCCCCCAGCAUCCAGGGGUCCAUCCCCCAGACCCUCGCCAGCCAAGUCUCCAGCCCACCUGGAGAGAACAAAGACAGCGCCCUCUGCUGUUCAGAUUCAAAUGAGCAGGAACCAGGGAAAGUGCUGCUGACAGCCUCAGUGAAGCAGAAGCCAGUGCAGUCAGUGAAUGGUUACUACCAGCUGACUGGCGUUGUCUCUCAUUUGGGAGGCUCCGCAACCUCCGCAUCCCAAAGCUGA